AUGAUACGACUUCCACCCUUACCUACUAUUCGCGAUCUCAUAAAGUUGCAUAAUUUAUCUGCAAGUAAACAAUUAAGCCAGAAUUUCUUACUCAACUCCAAUAUAACCAAUAAGAUCGUACUGCUAGAUGGAGGAGUAGAGAAUCAUCAAGUAUGUGAGGUUGGUGCUGGUCCUGGAUGCCUCACCCGAUCAAUAAUAGCUGGCGGAGCUUCUAAGAUCGUUGCUGUAGAAAAAGAUCGCCGAUUUCUUCCAGCUCUUGAUAUUUUAGCAAACGCCGUAGAUGGUCGUAUGGUUAUUGUAUACGCAGAUAUUUUAAAUUAUGAAAUGAUAAAAGCUUUUGAUCCCGUCGAUAAGAAAGCAUGGAAUGAUGAAUCUCCAAAGAUGAAAAUUAUUGGAAAUUUGCCUUUUAGCAUUUCUACGCCUUUAUUAAUUCAGUGGCUGAAUCUAAUCAGUCAAAAUGCUGGACCUUUCUCUUUAGGCAGAAUUAAAAUGACACUUACCUUCCAGGAAGAAGUAGCUCAGAGAAUACUUGCGGAACCGAAAACAUCACAGCGCAGUCGAUUGUCCAUCAUGACCCAAAAUUAUUGCCAUGUUAAACCGGGUUUUCUUAUCAAAGGGUCUUCGUUUGUGCCUGCACCUAAGGUGAACUCCGUUGUACUCACUUUUACGCCGAGAAUUACCCCAUUAAUUGACAUAGACUUUACCACGCUCGAAGUUAUUGCAAAAUCUUUAUUUAGACAUCGUAGAAAAUUUGUAAUCAAAGGCACUAAGUACUUAUUUCCAACUGAUGUAGACCUUUCUCUGAAAUUAUUUGAAGAGGCAGAUGUGGAUUGGAAAUUGCGGCCACAGCAACUGAGUACGGAAGAAAUUCAGAGACUUUGUGCUGCAUAUAAAAAAGUUCUAUUGGAUCAUCAACUCGAUCUGAGCGACGCCAUGAUUGUAAAAGAAACCAAUAAAUAG